UAUCAACAGAAUUUUCAAUUUAGUUUGGUUCCACUUUUUAAUCAGGCCUGGAGUAAGGUCGUGUCGCGUACAAUAAAAUGUAAAAUAUUGGGCUUGUAUGUAAAUGGUUAUAUACAAGGUUGAAUUUGAAAUGGUGAAAGUGAUUAAUCAACAAAAAAAUAAUACUCCAAACAUUACAUGAGCCAAAGUAAUGAUAUCUAGAAUGGUUAUUACUUUUUGAGGUAACAUUUCGUAUUGGUCUGCUUCGUUAAUCCUACACACAUAAGGAGCAAUGGAGAGUUCAUUAGAGGAUAAUUUAUACAAAGCAGUACAAUCUGCAGACCAAGGAUCGAUUGUGUGCCUUCUAGACAGAGGCGCAAACCCAAAUAAGAUAGCAAAAAGUGGCAAAACUUCGUUAGGUGAAGCAUGCAAUAUAGGAAAUUUAAGUAUAGUCAAAUUGCUGGUUGAUACAACAAAGUCUAGACAAACUACACAUUUAAGUAGAAAGCGCCAUCUAAAAACCCACAAGCGCAAGAUAAAAAACAAUGAACCUCAGGAAGAAACACUUACGAAAUACAAGAACCCUAGUGAUAGAAAAUGUAUGGGUUUGCAACUUGAAAAUAUAGGCCCGAGUCAGGAUUCUAAAAGAGGUGUCAACCGUGGAUACUUUGUGUUCAUACACAGUGAUGGCUCAAGUAGUGACGAGAGUAGAAUCACCAGCUUGCUGUCUCCUUUGAGUCCUGUAUCAUUGACACCCUCACCACAGGAUGACUUGGAAUGGGACGAAGAGAUUGGCAAUGUGGCUCCUACCACCAGUGAAGAUGAGAGUUGGACUUCAAUGUAUAAAUGGUAUGCUUCAAUAUUAGAAUGCACUGGUGCAGCAAUUGCAUCACAAUCAAUAGAGAUUUAUGGAAUUGAUCAGCAAGAUGCCUUUAUGAGAACUGCAUUACACUAUGCAGCUGAGCGGGGACAUGCAGAGGUUGUGAGAUUAUUGUUAGAUGCAGGAAGCAAAGUGGAAGUAAUGGCUGGCGAUGGUUGCACUCCUCUACACGUUGCCGUGAUUAAGGAUCACCCGGAGAUUGUGAAAACGCUGUUGUUGGCAGGCUGCCAUGUCAACAACAAGACUCAUGAGAAAAUGACGCCGUUACACUACGCAGCUUCUAAUGGAUUUAUAGAUUUGGUCAAAAUUCUAGUAUCCAAUGGUGCUAACUUGGAAGCCAGGGACACCAGUGAGCGCACAGCUCUCUUCUUAGCAGCCGGUAGAGGACAUGUUGGUGUGGUCAAAUAUCUCAUAUCAGUUGGAGCUAAUGUUAAUGGCGAAGAAAUUCAUGGAUAUACGCCACUUUGUGAGGCCGUUUGGCGCAGAUUUCCAGAAGUAGUCGAAGUAUUAUUACCGUCCAGAGCACGAAUAACACAUUCCCACAAACUUUUACAUUAUGCAAUAAUACAAAGACAGGAGGAGAUCGUGAAAAUGCUUGCAAAUUACGGCGGAGGGCUAAAUCUCCACAAUGAUAAUGGCGAUACGCCCCUGCUCCUGGCGGUAAGGUUGUCACAGCCUGGGGUUGCCAGGAUUUUAUUGGAAAAAGGUGGCCACGUUAAUUCCUGUAACAGCAUAACUGGAGCCACCGCACUCCACAUAGCUGUCGAAAGUAUAGACUGUCCUAAAAUAUUUGAGGAAUUGCUAAAUUGCCUGUUAGAGUAUAGGAUAGAUAUGAACGCGAUAGCGCUUACCGGCGACACUGCCCUGAACAGAGCAUUACUAUUACACAAAGAUCACGCAGCGGUGUUGCAAAUUCGCUACGGAGCCAACGUCAAUGCAUGUGAUUUGCAUUCCUGCGGUUUAGACAACUUAUCAAUAGCAAGUAGGCGACGCUCGAAUAAUCUAGCUCGUAUGCUAAUAAAGGCAGGUCAUCAUAUAACUACACCUGAUCCUACUACAGCGGUCCCUAAACCAGGCACAACAGCCUACUGGCUAUUUCAUACCAGCAAACAACCACAUAGCCUAUCAGACAUUUGUAGAAUGCAAAUUAGGUCUAUGGCUAAGAAGAAAGUACUAUUCCAAUAUAUAUCUACACUGCCUUUACCCACGAGCUUAAAAAGGUUCCUAAUGAUGGAAGAUGAAGGUCAAUAGUUGCUAAUGACUAGUGAAUUGUUAUUAUUACUCAAUUAUUUUUAAAUCAUUAUUUAUUUUAUAACGUUGUAUCUAUGAUCAAAAUAAAUAUUUAUAGGUUAUAAGCAAGUCAUGUAUAUGUAGGAGAUAGGUCUACCUAUCCUACACAGUUUUAUAUGCUAUUUAUAUACUUAAUACUUUAUGAUUUGUUGCUUUAACAUUUUCUAGUCACGUUUGAAUGUUUUACCUACAUACUGAUUAGAAAAAUAUUAAAAAAAAAUGACAGGUGGAUCGCAAUAUAAUGAACUUUGAAUCCCUUAUAUUUUUAUUUUAUUUAAGGAUCACCAACGCAUAAUACAUCUUCUCAUCACACAAUUAUUGUGGAACAAUAACUAGGAAUUACUGUCAGUAAUGUCUACCCUCCUCCACAUAGCAGUACUGAUGUAGAUGUAUCAAUACAAAAGUACCUAUAAUCAAAAUACAGAAAUUAAACUGAUAGAUGUGCAAUUUACAAGAAUAUUUCCUAAAAGAUGGAAAUGUGUUUAAAUCUCCAUACAAGGAUAUGGGAAGCUUCCGAAAUUUACCAGUGUACAAAUUUCACAGUUUUGGAAAUCAUUAAUUCGAUUAUCUUAUUUUUAUCAUAACGGUAUCUGUUAUUCCCCAUACGUUAUUUUAUUGAUUAUUAAUUAUUCGUCGCUUCAAUAGUAACUUCUGUCUCUCGCGCAAUGUUUGAAGGAUCCACCCAUGUUGUGUCUUGUUUGUACCUACAUGUAUAGUAAUAAAAUAAAAACCCUCUUUACA